UAAUUGGAAAAUAAAAUUAAAAAAAGAGCAAACUGUAAAACUGAAGAAGUUGAAAGAAAACAUUUUACAAUUGCAGUUCAGUGCCCACAAUUAACCCCCAACAAGCGCAAACUUUCUAAAAAAGAGGCAAAAUACCGUGAAUACAAUUAUCUGUUCCGGCUAGUAGCUGAAGUAGUAAUUGAAUGGCGGUUCUUCUUCCUUUGUUGUCCAUAUCUUGUUCAGUUGACACAACCCAAAGACUUGCCUAUACUCCUCACCGUACACCUCCCAAAAAACCCGAUUCACUAUCCUCCAUUUCCUUGUCCCCUUCUAAUAUCUCCGUUUCGGACCUUCUUAGACGUGAAAUUCCCAAGUCUAACCAAGUGAAACCGGAUGGUACAUAUAUGGGGUACGACGUAUGGCUACCAAGUGCACCUAAAGUUGAGAAGCCUCGGUCGGUGUUUAAUGCAGCUUCACUAGCUUAUAUUGGAGAUUGCAUCUUUGAGCUAUAUGCAAGAAGACAUUUUUUGUUCCCACCAUUGAGCAUCGAAGAGUACAAUGAUCGAGUCGUGGCGGUAGUACGUUGCGAGGCACAAGAUGCUAUGUUGCAGAAACUUAUGAGCGACAAUGUUUUGUCAGAAGAGGAAAGGGGUGUGCUUCGUUGGGGGAAAAACAUUGGUUCAAGCAAAACGAAGACGAAAAAGCGUGCUGGUGUGGCUGUUUACAACAGAGCGUCUUCACUUGAAACACUUGUUGGUUAUCUCUACCUUACUAAUGUGCAAAGGCUUGAUGAAAUCAUGCUGAAGUUGGGCUUCUGCAUAGGUGACUCUACGCUGCCAAUUGCGGAGAGAAUAGAUGCUGAACUUUUGGAAUCGGAUAGAUGGUGGAACUUUCUUUUGCCAUUGGUACACCAAGGUGAUGUCACUAGAAGAGAUGAGGUUCAUGAAGUGGAAUCUAUUUGAAAGAGACAGAUAUGUCCAAUGGCAUGGUGAAACAAAUGAGUUUCUCAAAAACAACGUUGUUUCUGGAGACUUGAGGAAGGUUAUUACCUCUUCAUGUGCUUUCUCGUUCAAAUUUCACAAGAGCUUGGAUGUGAGUGACUAUUGUAUGUCAACGCUUAGAUAGAAUAUAGGGUGUCGUGUUGGUUGUUCUUAAAUGGAGAAACAUUCAUACAACAGAGAUAUGAUGUGCUCUUUAAUACAUCUCAAAAAUAUAGGCAGCCAGCUGAAUGAUUCAGGAAUGUGCUUAGAUUGCUCACUCUACAUGAGGGUACAUCAACAUGUACAUGGACACGUUUGUAAGCAGAUUUGUUUUGUAUCGGGUCCAUUUGUUGUUAUCAUUCAUUUUAAAACACUAUCAGAUUUCUGGAGGAAUAAGUUGAGAUUUUGUAGUC